UCCUCUAGAACCACAACCAGGGUUCAGUACCUAUUCAAGGUUUCAUCACGAAAAGAUUUAAAAAUGUUUAAGAAAACUUGUUGCUGUAUAUGCUUAUCUACAAAUAAAAGAACUGUUAACAUUUAUAGAACGGAUCUGCAAUACUUUUAUGAGCAACUGGCAAAUUAUAAGAUUAGGGACAGCGAGUGCUGGAUGUGUUACAUCUGCCAGACGAGACUGCAGCAGUGUCACCGGCUGCAGCAGUUGGCCGUGCAGACACGGGGCCUUGUUGAUGGUCUCUGCCAGAAUAAGACCGAUACUGACAUUGGAGCAAUUGGAUCUUUGUUAGAACUAUCGAUCUACAAGAAGAAAAAUAUUUCCACAACACAUCCUACUGCAGAUAAUAUAAAAGAGGAGCCGGACAUAAAGACUGAACAAUACAAUGAAGACGAAAUAAUUGAAGAACAAACUGUAGAAAAUACAAAUACGUAUGGAGAAGAUUAUGCACCCGUGUUAAAAUUUGAAGAUGAUGAUGUGUCAGAUAGUGAUGCUGUUUGCAAACAGGAAUCAUUGAGCGUUGACCGCAUUGAUGCUUGGCAAGGCUCAAGGGUUGAAUUGAAAUUAGUAAAGUUGAGUCAAAGUGUCAUUGACAAGUAUGUACGCCAAAGUCCCCUCACCCAGCACACAGCCACAGAAGAACAUAUUGGGGACAAGGGGAAGUGCGCUGGUGAACAGAGCGAAGAUAAUGACGACAAAAAGGCACAGUACAAGAGUCACAAGGAACCACACAUCUGUGAUGUUUGCUUCAAAAUGUUUCCGACUAAAAGCAUGUUGCUAAGGCAUUUAAUGAUUCAUACUGGUGAGAAACCAUUUAACUGCAAUAUUUGUCAAAAGAAAUUUGGAAGAAAAUGCAACUUAAAAGAACACAUGUUAAUUCAUACUGGUGAGAAACCAUAUAACUGUGACAUAUGUCAAAAGAAAUUUGGAAGAAAAAGUGACUUACAAGUACACUUGCUAAUUCAUACUGAAUCUGCAACAGAUGGCGUAACGAUAGACACUUCUAGAUUUUCUAUUGGUUCUCCACCGAUCUGAAAUUAUUUGCAGGUUGCAAUCACAGACAUACUGGUUGUAUUUCUAAAAAAUAUCAGUGUAUAGUCUGUCAAAAAAGAGAUUAAAAUAAUAGAGUCGCCGCUUGUAUCCGGUGUGGCCUCUUCUAGCCACAGUGUGGCCGGUAACUAUAAAAGCUUUUGAUACUUUAUAUUGAAUACAAUUAAA